AGUAUCGGUCACCGAGAGAGAGACGGGACGGGACUGGACUGGGAGACGCGACGCGCUUCGCUUCUCUCCCCCGCGCCGGCGCGAGAUCUUCCCGAUCGACUCGCUCCGGUGAGGCCAUGGCUGGAGAUGAUGGAAAUGCUCGAUUGGCAUCAAGAUACCCCCCUGCUCUUAAUGAGCGCAUCCUUUCUUCCAUGUCCCAAAGACAUGUUGCUGCUCAUCCAUGGCAUGAUCUGGAGUUAGGUCCAGAAGCUCCUGCAGUUUUCAACUGUGUGGUUGAAAUUCCUAGGGGCAGCAAGGUUAAGUAUGAGUUGGAUAAGGCAACUGGUCUAAUCAAGGUGGAUCGUGUUCUUUACUCAUCUGUUGUUUACCCGCACAACUAUGGUUUCAUUCCACGCACACUCUGUGAGGACGGUGACCCGAUGGACGUCCUCGUCCUGAUGCAGGAACAAGUUGUCCCUGGAUGUUUCCUGAGAGCUCGUGCUAUUGGGCUCAUGCCUAUGAUUGAUCAGGGUGAGAAAGAUGACAAGAUCAUAGCUGUUUGUGCUGAUGACCCUGAAUACCGCCACUUCAGGGACAUCAAGGAAAUCCCCCCACACCGCCUUCAAGAGAUCCGCCGCUUCUUUGAAGAUUAUAAGAAGAAUGAGAACAAAGAAGUUGCUGUCAAUGAAUUUCUCCCAGCAGAAGAUGCCAUCAACGCAAUCAAGUACUCAAUGGACCUCUACGGUGCCUACAUCAUUGAGGGCUUGAGGAAGUGAGCUCCAGCUGAUCAAUUGCAGAGGCUACAUGAUUCACUGAACAGUCCAUCAAUAGUACGACAUACGUUAACAUACAUGGUUUAAAACCAGUACUUCAGGGAUAUAUACCUUCUAUUCAUGUUAAGACAAGAAGCAGCACCUUUUCUUUCCAUGUAUGCCAUGUCAGAUACUCAGGUCCCAAGCACCUGAUCCCCUUGCUAAACUAUGUGCUGCCAAACCGACAAUUUACUGAACGGUUGUCUAAUAGAAAACUACUCGUUACAUAAAUGCUCGUUGCAGUCCCUUUUGACAA